UCUUGUUUUUUUCCCCGCAACGCAUUAGAGUAAAUGGGUGUUGGCAUUUGCAAUUGCUCCCUUCCUCUACCUCCACCCCAUGCUCGAAAUCUGCGAUUCGUUUCUUCGUUUCGGCUGAUUCGACAUGCCGUCAUCCAUUUUCCCGGAAUUAGUCUCGUUCCGGUCGCUGAAACUCAUCUCCGUUGUAAUCCCGGCGGGUUUGAACCGGAAGCACUUGCAUUCCCCGAUGAAUUCCGCUUCAAGGAUAACUCCAGCGAUAAUCUUAUCCCUAGCGAAGAUGCCUCAGUGGCUGGUGAAAAGAAUAAGAGCAUACGAAUCCCUAAGGAUGGAGAUUUAGUUCGCUUAGAAGGUGAAGAUGAUCCAAAUAAGUCGAGCUCCGGAGGAGGAAAGCAGAUGGUGAAGAGAUCGAAUCUGAUGGCGAAGCAAGUCAUCAGUGUACAAUCAGCUCUGGGUUUAGGGUUUAUCUCUCAGUUGUGGGUUGACACCACCUCCUGGUUGGUGUUGGCGGUGGAAGUUAAACCCAGUCUGUUGUCCGGAGAAUCUGACAGGUUUCUGCUCAAAGACAUUGUCCGGGUUGGUGAUGUGGUGCUUGUUGAGGAUGAGAGUGUACUAGAGAAUGAAUUCAAGAGGAUUGGACUUGAAACGCUGGUGGGUUACAAGGUGGAAACACCAGGUCGGCGAAGCAUCGGCAAGGUCCGAAGUUAUAAAUUCGAUAUCAUUUCAGGAACCAUCGAGUUGCUUGAGCUCGAUUCUUUUGGGAUAUCAAUCAUCCCAUCAAGUUUGGUGAGUACUUACGGAUUACAUGUUGAGGAUAUAAUCGAGGUCGUAUCAGACAUAGUUGUCAUUCACGAAGCUGCAGCUUCGAGGAUACAAAGGUUGACAAAGUUUGCUGGUGAAUAUUCCGACAUAGACAGAUCUCACAGAAGACGGCGAAGGAGAAGAGAUGGGAGAAGUAGUAGAUCCCGUCGGAAGAAGAGAGGAGAUGAUGAUGAUGAUGAUGAUGAUGAUGAUAAUGAUGGUUGGGGUAUAUUCUAUUAGAUGUUGUGUGUGAUAUAUAAUCUACGAACUAUUGUUUGGCAGUUAACUGCACAUACAUCCUCGCUGUUCUGUGCGGGAUAACUCUUGUACCUUGUUCAAACCAAUCAUUGUAGUGUUUCGUAUGUUUCAUAUCCAA